AUGGGGUGUCUAUAUAGCAAGGAGGGCCAGUCACCCCCGGACGCCGAGCCAGGUCCGUCCUAUGGGCCCCCGAAGCCCGGCGCCCAGCAUGCCUACCUGCACGGCCAGCCGGGGGCGCUGGGCACUCCCAAGAGCGCCAGCCAUCACAGCGCCCACGGCGGCAAGCCCCUGCCGCGGCCUGUGCAGCCCGCGGGCGAGCAGUACCGGAGACCGAGGAGCUCGGUGUCGGAAGGUCAGUGGAGCGGCCGGCUCAAGAACCGACCUUCGCAGGAACCCCUGAAGCACAUCAGCGACAGUGCAGAGGACGGCGACUGGGACAAUUGCGAGACCGUGUUCAACCUAGAUGACGUCGAGGAGGCGCAGAUUGGUGUGGACCCAUCUCAAGUUGACACACAGGGCAGCAGUGUUGUUGACAAGGCCUUCCAGAAUUCCUUAUUAGGCGCAAAGAACAAAGCAGGCCUUGAUGACCCCCCAACGACGAAUUACAGGGAAACUCCACUACUGCGGAUAGAGAAAGUGAAAGGGUGUAUGUUUGUAAACCAGUACUUGGUGGUGAAAUACCUUGGCCGUGGAGCUUGCGGAAAGGUGUUCCUCUGCUUGAAUGUGCAGGACUCCAGGCUGUAUGCCAUGAAGGCUGUGCGAAAGUCGGACCUGCAAACGUCGCGCAACCAAGCACAGAAGCGAAACCCGAUGGAGGACCUGAAGAGGGAGAUCAUGAUCAUGAAGAAAAUGAAGCACCCCAACAUUGUGACACUGACAGAGGUGAUUGACGACCCUUCUGGCAGCAAGUUGCUCCUGGUGAUGGAGUACAUGGAGGGGGGGCCCGUCAUGACCAGGGAGGCCCUGGAGCGCUGUGAGAGACUCCCUGAAGAGCUUGUGGCACGCUAUUUCAAGGACAUGGUCAGGGCGCUGGAUUACCUGCACAGUCAGCGUGUGGUCCAUGGGGACUUGAAACCGGAGAAUGUGCUGGUGUCGGCACACGGGGAGGUCAAGCUCAGUGAUUUCGGCUGCUCCAAGGUUAUAGUUAGUGGGAAUGAGUAUCUUGAACGGUGCAACGGCACCCCUGCCUUCCUGGCACCAGAAAUGAUGAAACCCAACAGCAGAUACAGGGGCCGACCAACAGACAUCUACGCUAUGGGUGCCUGCCUAUACACGCUGGUUUUUGGAAGGAUACCGUUCACUGCACCAAAUCUGUACCAGCUGUUCCAGGUGGUCCAGAAUGAGAACGUGACGUUUCCCGAGAGCGUGCAUGUCUCUGAAAGUCUCAAAGACCUGCUGACGAGACUGCUUACAAAGAAUCCGAAGGAGAGGAUUACUCUUCUGGAGGUGCGGCACCAUCCUUGGGUGACAGGGAAUGGGAGGUAUCCACUGCCCAGGUGGACUCCGCACAGUGACCCAUAUGCGAAUGCAGCUCACGAAAAUAGUGCACACAAGGUCAGGGACUUUAUUGCAAAGCUUGCCAAGCAAAGCGUGCGGGAAAGGACAUUCGAGGAGUCGGAGAUUCUACUGCGGCAGGGCGACACAGGGAGCUUCAUGCUGUACAUUGUGAGCGGCAAAGUCGAAGUUCUCCUGAAGUGCUCGAUGCCUGCACGCCGCACUGGCCGCAACCACACGUCCAAUCGCAAGCGGGGCUCGACAGACAGCGGGGACCCGCUCAUGAACUCCUCUGACAGUGCCUCAUCUGUCGCCCUUACCGAUGAGGACCGGCAGGCUCGCCAGAUCUUGGUUAAUGCAUCCUCCAACGCCAUCAAAUUCAUACGCACCCUAGACCGCAGCCCCUUUGGGCUGCAUGUUGGGACUCGAAACGGCGGGGACGUCGUUGGAGAGAUGGCGCUGUUCUCUCGCGAGUCCACACGCACGGCGACGGUUCGUGCGCUCACAAGGACCACAGUCAAGGUGUUGUCUAAGGAGGAGGUGUUCAACUACUUUGCGCGGCACGCAAAGGAGAAGCAGCAAUUAAGGGAGGUGAUGUGGAGGCGGGAGGGGGAGAGUGUGACAGUGGAAGGGCUAUUUCAGCUGGGUAAGGUGCACGAGGUGUUGGCCAACUCUUGGGGGAUGCGGUGA